CAGAUGGCUAGCCAGGUAGCUAUCUAGCUACAAAGACAUUUACAUCAGAUCUUGGAUGGCAGCUGACUAGCUACUGAACUCCUGUUUUCAAGAUAUUUGAAAUUCCUAGAUGCCUACUUAUUGCCAUCCACCAUGGAUGAAGGGAGCCUGGAGGCGGCCAUAGAAGCCUACAAUGCCCAACUUCAGCAGGUGGAGACUGCCCUGGGGGCAGGCCUGGACCCUUCCCAGCAGUCAGACCUUCUCAAGCUGAAAGAGGACUUGUGUCAGCUGAUUGAGCUCACCGAAUCCAGCCUGGUGUCGGUGAAGAAGAGCCAGCUUCUGGCCAGCCUAGAGGAGGGCACUGCUGCUCGUUCGGGGCCCCCCGGGGACGGGGAGGCGGGAGGUAGCCUAGAUAACGAAUUUGCGGCUUUUUACUCCGAGUUGGGCGAUGCCCCGGCGGAGGGUUCAUCCGGCGGUAUAAACGCACCCCCGGACUCCGGUCAGGCUUCCACUCCCAGCCCACCCCAGACCGGAGAGGAGGAAGAUGAGGAGGAGGAGGAGGAGGAUGAGUACGAGGAUUUGAGCGGGACGAAGGUCAGAGCGCCAUACCGCACCUCUUGGGGAACGCUGGAGUACCAUAACGCGAUGAUCGUGGGGGCAGAGGACGCCGAUGGGGAGGAGCCCCACGUGCGAGUGCUGUACCUCCACCCCACCCACAAAUCCAUGAAGCCCUGCCCCUUCUUCCUGGAGGAUAAGUGCCGCUUCAUGGAGAACUGCAGGUUCUCGCACGGUGAAGUGGUGGCCGUAUCGGAGCUGAGAGAGUUCCAGGAUUCAGAUCUGAGCAAUCUCCAGGAAGGUUCCGCCUGCUUGGCUCGGCACGAAGACAGCAUCUGGUACCCCGCCAAAAUAACAGAUAUUGACAGUGGUUACUACACUGUGAAAUUCGACUCGCUCCUUCAGAAGAGCGCAGUAGUGGAAGCCGAUGGAAUCAUUCCACCGUUGAGGCAGGAUGACCCCUCCUCCUCCUCAGACUCGGACGACGACGCCGGGGAGUAUUCAGCCUACGCUAAAGUCAUAGAUUCUACGGAAACUGCUGAAUGGACACCGUCCUGCAGUUCCAGUUUUGGUGGCUGGGAGGCGCACACGCGAGGCAUUGGCUCCAAGCUCAUGGUUAAAAUGGGCUAUGAAUUCGGGAAAGGCCUGGGGCGGAACGCGGAGGGCCGGGUGGAGCCGGUGCUGGCCGUGGUCCUGCCCAAAGGGAAGUCCCUGGACCAGUGCGCCGAGAUCAUCCAGCAGAAAGCCAAGAAGCAGCUCGGGAAGGACGGCUCAGCCAAGGGCCGGAGGAAGGCCAAGAAGGGCACCGGCGCCCCCCAGAGGCGGACCAAUGUCUUCGACUUCCUGAACAGCAAGCUGGGCGACGGGGAGCGCGGGGCCGCAGACGCCGCCGACGCCGCCCCCUCCGCGCCCAGGAACAGCAAGGACGCCUACAGGGGAGGCCAGAGCACCAAGCGCUCGCUCAACGUCCGGCUCUUCCAGGCCACAGAGAGAGUGGCUCAGACGGAGAGAGAGAUCGAAAGGCUCACAGAAUCCCUGAACAGACAGGCAGGAAGGGACAAAGCGAUGGUGACGCACCUGGAGGAGAAGCUUUCUGCUGCCAGGAGGCUGCUGAGCCAGCUCAAGGCCCAGGAGCAGAGCAUCCAGCGAGAACAGAGGAAAGCAGACACCCACAAGAAGAUGACCGAAUUCUGACUGCGCGGUGCCCUCCCACGGCAAACCGCAGACUGUUUCACUUUAAAACACUGUGUUAGUAUUCAUCCAGCGGAUCCGUACCCUCUCUUCUUUUGAUGGCCGAAAACAACAUUUUGGUUUUAUUUUGUUACUAAAAUUGCCGGAUUCGGAAGUGGACUUGGUUUAGCAUACGCGGUUUUGCCAUUUUUAGCGGUGAGUCACAUGUCCGUGGUGAAUCACAGGAGGGCACCUCUACUUUUUCAUACUGUUUUCUGUUGAUAAAUGGAUGCAUAUUGUGCUGUUCUCUUGUGUCUGUGGCACUUUGUAGUUCAGGCAUUUACACAUUUUACUGAUGCAAUACCUCAUAAACCAUGAUAGCAGGGUUUUAAUAUAGUUGUUGAAGGCUUUCUGGGGGAAGUCUUUAGCAUUUUGUGGAUUCAGAUGUUCGCCAUUACAGUGAAACACUCUUAUUCAAAAUGUGUCAUUUUUAAGACAAAUGGUUAAUGAAACAUUCAGUUUUUUGAUCAAAUCACAUUUGAAAAACAUUAGGUAUCAAGCUCUCCAUUUUAAAUUUUUUUUUAUUCUUGCAGCAAAUCGAAGACCAUUUAGAUGAAUUCCUGUUACGCUGGGGUGUUGGUGUGUAUUGACUGUGUGAAGAAACGUUAGUUAGUGUGGCUGUCUGUUUGGAUUUAGCUUUUUUGUACCUCUGUCAAAUAGUAUGUCUGAAAUAUAUGUACAUAAAAUGUGUGCAUGUGUCAUAUGUGUGCAAGAUUUCUAGCAGUUUCAAAGUGGAAGAUCAAAUGAAAUGACAGCCAUGUUGAACAUUAGUUUAAGGAUUUUUAAGUUAAUUUUUCACAUUGUCAGUGGACGGAAAACAUUGUGUUCAUGAAGGAUCUUCUGUUGACUUCUGCUAAUAUGAAAAUCUUGUCCAAUAAAAUUUGACAGAUGUGAGCCAAUCAAAUUCUAGUGUUUGGAGGAUUAUAUGUCAUGUUAUAUAGCUAUGUCAUGAUUGGCCGGAAGCCAGCCUCGCUGUCAUGUUUGUCCAUUUGAAUUUCCCUCUUUAUACUGACAUGGCAGACAGAAGCCAAAUUUCUGCU